AUGAUCAUGAAUAACUUCAUUGCAACAUUUGGCGUGCUUCUCUUGUUUUGGUUUCUAUUAGCAGCCACUUCCAUCUUUAGCUCAACUGAUGGACAACCACCAACUGGUUUUAUUUGCAGUGAAAAGGAAAAAAGAGCCCUUCUAAGCUUCAAACAAGGUCUCACAGAUCCUACAAACUGGCUAUCGUCGUGGUCUACACAUCAAGACUGCUGUCAAUGGACAGGAGUCCGCUGCCACAAUGUAACAGGCAGAGUCAUCAAGCUCCACCUCAGUCCAUAUGAUCCCGACAUAGAGCAUUCUUCCGAGUUGCGUGGCAAUAUUACAACCUUAUUGCUCGAAUUAAAAUUUCUAAGAUCCUUGGAUUUGAGCUGGAAUAAUUUUGGAGGCGCGACUAUCCCAAGUUUCUUGGGUUCUAUUACAAGUUUAAGAUUUCUGAACCUGUCAAGUGCAAACUUUGAGGGGGCAAUUCCUCAUCAGCUUGGCAAUCUCUCGAGCCUUUGCGAUCUUAAUCUUGGUAGAAAUACACUUUAUGUUGAUAAUCUUAGUUGGAUUACUCGCCUUCAUUCCUUGGAAUACCUUGACAUGAGUUACGUUGAUCUUCACAAAGCAACUGAUUGGCUUCAAGUGGUGAGCAUGCUUCCUUCCCUUUCACAACUUCAUCUCUCCAAUUGCCAACUUGACAAAAUGAUUCCACCUCUUGGGCAUGUUAAUUCUACGUCUCUUCAAGUCCUUGAUUUAUUUGAGAACCGUUUGAAUUGCAAGAUGCCUAAUUGGCUGUUUAAUCUCAGUAGUAGUCUUCAUUUUCUUGAUCUGACCAUCAAUUCUCUAUACGGUCACGUACCAGAUGAGAUUGGCCAGUCGAAAUAUCUUGAAUAUCUUUCCCUUUCUUUAAACUCAUUGUCUGGUACCAUUCCUAGAUCUAUGGGAAACUUAUCAUCCUUGAGGGUAUUAGAUCUUUCUAAUAAUCAACUGAAUGGCACUCUUCCGAAGAGUCUUGGGCUUCUUCCAAGUCUAGAGGUUUUAUACGUUGGAAAUAAUACCUUAGGAGGCAUUGUUUCUGAAGUGAAUUUUGCUAGACUCUCAAAAUUGAAAAAUCUGGAAAUGUUUUUGAACUCUUUCGUCUUCAAUUUCAGCUCCAAUUGGUUUCCUCUCUUUCGACUUGAGUAUCUUACAAUGAGUUCCUGCAACUUGGGACCAAAAUUUCCGGCAUGGCUACGAACACAAACUUCUAUUAAGCUGUUAGACAUUUCGCGUUCAGGAAUUUCUGAUGUAGCUCCAGACUGGUUUUGGAGUUUGGCUUCACGCAUAGAAUUGAUCAAUCUCUCUGACAACAGGAUCAGUGGUGAUGUAUCAACCGUCUUGCUAAACUCUAGUGAAAUUGAAAUGAGUUCUAACUGCUUCAAAGGCCAAUUGCCACGUCUAUCUCCAAAUGUUAAAGUGUUGAAUAUGGCAAAUAACACUCUUUCCGGACCUAUUUCCUCUCUUCUGUGCCGGAGGGUGAACAGAAACAAUACCUUAGAGGUUCUGGACGUGUCAAAUAACCUUUUAUCAGGUGAACUUUCUAAUUGCUGGAUGUAUUGGCAAUCGUUGACCCAUUUAAACUUGGGGAGCAAUAACCUGUUCGGUAAAAUUCCCACUUCAAUGAGUUAUUUAUCUCAACUCAAAUCAUUGCACUUGCGUGAUAAUAGCUUCUUUGGAGAGAUACCCUCGUCGUUGCAAAAUUGCACUGUAUUGGGGCUCAUUGAUUUAGGUGAAAAUGAAUUUACGGGAGUCAUACCAAGCUGGAUGGGAGAAAGAGCAACUCUAAUAGUUCUUCGCUUGAAAUCCAAUAAAAUGACGGGUAAUAUUCCUCCACAAAUAUGUCAGCUUACUUAUCUUAUAGUUCUGGAUUUUUCCAACAAUAGCCUAUCAGGAACUGUUCCAAAAUGUUUGAAUAAUAUCAGUGCGAUGACUGUAAUAGAUACUAGAGAUUCUACCUCAUAUUCUUAUGAAGCUUUGGAGUAUGGCUAUGACUAUGGCUCCUACUUGGAGACACUCUGGUUGGUCACAAAAGGGAGGGACUCGGAGUACAGAGCCAUUCUUGGACUUGUUAGGAGCAUAGACCUUUCAAGUAAGAUACCAGAGAAAAUCGGGGGCAUGACAACGUUGGAAUCCCUUGAUCUUUCAAACAAUUAUUUGUCAGGUGAAAUUCCUCGGAGCAUGUCUAAUUUGACAUUUCUUAGUUACUUGAAUUUGUCAUACAAUAACUUGUCCGGAAUAAUCCCUUCAAGCACACAGCUUCAAAGCUUUGGUGAAGCUAGUUUCAUCGGCAAUGAUGAAGUUUGUGGGGCUCCUCUCCCAUAG